AGAGCAAGAGAGAGAAGCCGGUGAGCGUUGGUUCGGAUCGGACCUUGUUCAUUCAAGCCAGUUAAAUUUGAGUGGUGCAACGGUGAGCUUGUCAACGUGAGAACUGAAGACCAACCAACCCGAGCGAGUCCUGGUUGUUUGUUCCCCUCUUGUGCCAGCUCUAGUCAGACUCGAAGAGCUAAUGAAAAGGGAGGAGUCCCUUUAAAAAAGUCCAGUGGAGAAUAAUGAGUUCAAGAAACUUAAUAUGAGAGUGAGGGAUCGUGGCGGCGGUGGUGGUGGGGAGGGGUUCGCCGUGUCAUUGGUGAGACAGUUAAUUGUGUGCCUCUUUGUGACAGCUGUCCACUCUGAGCAGAAUUGCUCAUUCCAGGCGGUUUCCGAGACCCUGAGAUGCUCUCUCGAGAGCUUGAAUGCUCCCAAUGUGUCUUUAGCCUCGGCUUCUCGAGCCCAAAACGUUCGGAUCCAGUGUUUUGGAGGCGAGUCCGAGCCCACUUCCAUUCUGAAAACAAACCAUUUUGGAUACUUGUCCGACCUUCGUCAGCUGAGCGUGGAGUCUUGCCCCGUGCGGCGUGUCCCAUCCUUGGCCUUUUCGGGUCUGAGCGGCCUCACGGCUCUGACUUUGUCCUCACAGGAGUCGGAAUGGUCGGGCACGGGCAUGCAAGUGGAAGAGGACGCCUUCACUGGACUCAACAGUCUCCGAUCUCUGAAUUUGAGCCGCAAUAAUCUGUGGGUGAUUCCUCCGGUCAUGUUCUGCUCCUUGAGCUCCCUGACUGUCCUCAAUCUGUCCACGAACUUCCUCCAAGACACGGCCCACUUUGGCUUUGGCUCCUCCGACAUCCACUCGUGCAAGUUGCCCUUGCGAGCCCUGGAUUUAUCUCACAACAGUUUUUCUCGAUUACCGCCCCGCACAUUUGGACAGCUGAGAAAACUCGAGUCUCUCAACUUGGCCAAUAAUAACUUGAAUGUGAUUGACGACUUGGCCUUGGCGGAACUGAGCUCGCUGACAAGGCUCAAUCUGGCACAUAAUCAGCUCGUGGCACUUCCUCCACAGCUCUUUUCCACCUGCUGCCGCUUUAUUCAGGAGCUUCAGCUGCAAAACAACUCGCUCGCGGGACUGCCUCACGGUCUCUUUGUCGGAAUGGAGCAUCUCGUGGUGCUGAAUCUGUCACUGAACGACAUCACCAAUGAAUGGCUGACACCCAAUACUUUCCAGUCAAUGAUGAGAUUGGUGGCCCUUGAUCUCUCCCACAAUCGGCUCACAAAAUUGGAUCAGAGCCUACUGAGCCCGUUGACUUCCCUCCAACUCCUUGAUCUGAGCCACAAUCAGCUGUACGCAGUCGAUGGGAACACAUUCUUAUCCCAGUACAAUCUUCAUAUCCUGCGCCUGUCACAUAAUCAACUGGACUCGUUGGAUCCCAAGGCUUUUGCAGGAUUGUCCGUGUUGAGCUCAUUGUCUCUUCAUCACAACCGAAUUGAGAAUCUGCAGCCAGAUCUUCUACAGAAUUGCUCGGGCCUCAUUGACCUUGAGUUGAGUGACAAUGGUUUUACCCAAGUUCCAACUCGAGCCUUAUCCCAUUUGGCUAAGUUGAAGACAUUAGACCUCGGGGAGAACUCCAUUUCGGUCCUUCGGAACGAUUCUUUGAGUGGUCUCCAAAACAUUGAUGCUCUUCGAUUAUCUGGCAAUGGAAUAGCUAACAUCUCGGAUGCCAUCUUUGGCCCUGUGCCAAACAUUAAAGUGCUCAAUUUGGCUCAUAAUGAGAUCCAAGAGCUUGAGCAAGGUGUUUUCAAUUCUCUCAAGCAUCUCAGGAUGCUCCGCCUGGACAAUAACAAACUCAAAGAUAUUAAUGGGAUCAUGGCCGCUUUGGGAGAGCUCAAGUGGCUUAACAUGUCCGCCAAUCGCCUCCAAUGGUUCGACUAUGCCUUCAUUCCCAAGAACUUGGAAUGGCUCGACAUCCAUGCCAAUCAGAUUGAAGAUCUGGGCAACUAUUUUGAACUGAUUGAGGGCUUCAACCUCAAAACGCUGGAUGCCAGUUCCAAUCGAAUUAGGAAACUGGAGCCACUCUCUCUACCCUCAAGUAUCGAAUUCGCCGCUCUCGACCACAACCGGAUCAAGCAUGUGAUGCCUGGAACUUUCCAGAAUAAAUCCAAUUUGAGGAAAGUGGACUUGACUUCUAAUCUAAUCAAGCAAUUUCAAUUACCAGCCUUGGCCAUCAACCUGUCCACCAGUUCAGAGUCCGUACCUCGAUUUUAUCUCGAGGACAACCCGUUUCUGUGCGAUUGUGAGAUGGAAUGGCUCCAGAACAUCAAUGACAUGGAUCAUCGUGGCCAAUAUCCUGAAAUCGCGGAUUUGGCUCAAAUCCAAUGUCGCUUGAACAACAACCAUCCCAAUCAGAGCUCAACGAGCACGGUUCAUAUCCAGCAAGUGCAUCCCGAUCAAUUCGUGUGUCAGUAUCAGGCUCAUUGCUUUGCUUUGUGCCUAUGUUGUGAUUUCUUUGCCUGUGAUUGUCGCAUGCAAUGUCCUGAGGGAUGUUCAUGCUUCCAUGACUCGACUUGGUCGGCAAAUAUCAUCCAGUGCUCGAUGAGAGGUCACAAGGACAUUCCACCUCUAAUCCCUAUGGAUGCUACCUCGAUCUAUUUGGACGGGAACAAUUUUACGGGCACUCUCGAAAGCCAGGCUUUUAUUGGCCGUAAACGAGUGCAGGCCCUCUACCUGAAUCACAGCUUGAUUGAGGCCAUCAACAAUCAGACCUUCAAUGGUCUGACCGAGUUGGAAGUGCUACAUUUGGAGGAUAACUUGAUUCAAACCUUGGGUGGCUUCGAGUUCACCAAUCUCACCUCACUGGUGGAACUCCACUUGCAGGACAAUCGACUCAUAUUCAUUCAUGAGGCCACGUUCUCGGCUUUGGUCUCGUUAGAGGUUCUUCAUCUGCAUGGCAAUUUACUCACAACCUACCCGGUGUGGGAGCUCCAGAUUCUACCCUCCAUCUCGGACAUCAGCUUGAGUCAAAACCCAUGGAGUUGCGAGUGCAGUUUUGUGCAACAAUUUCAAGAAUUUUCACGCUCCAGCCAACUUCUGGAGGAUCUCGCGGAUGUCUAUUGCCAAAGUGAGGAUCAUGUCGUGAAGUUAAGUGAAAACGUCACUUGCUUGGAUGCACUCGCAGUGACGUAUCAAAAGAGCGGCACUGCCCAUGGGCGGGCUGCCAUCCCUGGGUUCAUUCCCAUCUUAUCGCUCAUAAUCGCCAUUAGUGUCAUCCUGCUUUGCACCUCCUUGGUUGUCUUUGUCUUCCGCACUCCGCUUCGAGUUUGGCUUCACUCCAAAUACGGAGUGCGUGUCAUGGACCCUUGUGGCAAGUGUGCUCAGGAUAAACUGUAUGAUGCCUUCAUUAGCUAUUCACUGAAAGAUGAGGACUUUGUCCAACAAAUCCUUCUCCCUCAAUUGGAGCCCACCGAGCCAGGGUUGCAAAGUUCCACUCAGGCCUAUUGCCAAGGGAAAAAUCCCGCUUACAAACUUUGCCUUCAGCACAGGGAUCUUCCCAAUACGAGUUCCAUUUCCGACACGUUUCCAGGGAUCGCUCAGCUUUGUGCGAAACACGUGCUGAUCGUGUCAAGAGCCUAUUUGGAGUCGGAUUGGAGACAGAUGAGGUUGGCCCUUCAGCAACAACCAGGGCUAAUGAAGAAACUGAAGCCUGUGAUAGUCAUAUUGGAGGAACCCUCCCCAUUGGACCUGGCAUCCUCGCCUGAGAUCAAUAUGCUCCUGAAAACCGGUCCCAUCAUUCGGUGGAAUGAGGCUGGUUUUUGGAACAAGUUGCGAUUCUACUUGCCCGAUACCGGCAAAUCAACCACCAAAGCCUAUAAAAGGAACCUAAAUGUGUCGCCAGCCAAAAGGAUCACCAAUAGCAACACCAUGGCACUUCGCAGUUCCAGUCUGAAGGCCGAGAAUGGCUCGCCAGUGCCUCUUGGCUCCGGUCACAACAAAUAUAAUGGGGAGCCGGGAGGAGGAGCUGGAGGAGUUGGAGGAGUUGGGAACAAUACUUGGCAGCAUUAUGAUGGGCUUUUGCAUUCAAACAACUCUUCUCAUUCCGAGUCCACUCGAUCCACGGGUUCACCACACACAUUGGCAGGGGGAAAUGGGAGCUCUGAUUCGAGUCGUGCCUCGCAUGGUAAUGUACUCGCCAACCCUCUGGCCUCGGACCAAUUCUUCGACCAUCAUAUGUAUCAGACCAUUGGGGAUGUGUUUCAACCAGUCGGCCAGAAUAACAUGCACCACCCCAAUGACCAACACAUCUACCACACCUUGGACCCAGACGUGGCCCGGUCCAUUGGGAAUAAUGGGACGCGGUCACCCUCGGGUGGAUCAUCGGCGACUGACCCUUUUCCGCCACAAAUGUAUGAUACAUUGGGGAAAUUGGAUGUGAUGCUGCCCAAUGGUCAGUUUGUUCCAGCCACCCUCGUUCGAAGCAAUAUCAAUGGGCGUGUUGUGCCUUUUGUCGACGUGAACUCACAAACCAUGCCCCCCUUGGCCCAAGGAGCAGGCAUGGGGAGUGGUCAUCAUGGCAGCCCAAUGCCGUCGCAAAGAGACCGCAAAAACAUGAGUCCUCCCGAGGCCAAUCUCUUGGAGAACGGAGCUUCCAAAACUGGCCGAGCCACCAAUCACUCCCGCAGGAUACCCAGACAAUUUGUUUGACAUGCAAACAUGGAGAUCCACUAGUCUUUGGUUCGAGCAAAGGAUAUACCCCCUCACCCCUCCCCCCCCCCCUCCCUUUAGGCUGUGAUAUCUACUACGUAUUUUUUCCAUUUGUUCUCCUGUAUCCGUUCAAUCACAAUAGUUCAACACCAGCAGCAACGUUUUGUCCACUGAGAAAUGCAAUGUAAAGUGUCUUUCUAUUAUUGCAAAGUUGCUCUGACACUCCUUCUCUAUCUCUAGUCCAUCAUCCGAUUACAACCAUGAAAUUAAAGAAAAUAAACAAAGCUUUAACACUUCAAGA